AUGUCGCAGCUUGAUAUAGUCUCGUCCUUUGUCGAGGGGGCGCCGCCCGGCGAACUCGCAGACGUCGUCGCCGAUAUCAAGACGCUCACGCUAUCCUCUCCCGACAUCAUCUCCGAUCUUGCGCCGGCCUUUGAAAAGUACAAUGAGGAACAGCUCGUCACUGUGAAACUGCCCGGCAGCAGUCAACUUGUCCUCAUCAGCUCACACAACUCGCUGGGCGACGGGCGAUACUACGAUGUCGAGAGCUCGUCGAGCUUCGCCUUCGACCACAAGACACAGAAACCAAGCGCCGUACAAAGUCAUGUUCUCGAAGGGCCGCAAGCGGAUUUGGUAAAAUCGACACUCAAGAGUGUGGGGAGCUACGUCAAGGAACACUUUGCCAGCGCAGCCUGCGGUGCUUACCCCAUCGAGUCCGAGUCCAAGAUUGCCGUCGUCAUCGUUGCCAACAAAUACAGCCCCAACAACUUUUGGAACGGACGUUGGAGAUCGGUGUACGUCUUCGACCCGGCAUCGGGGAGCUUGGAGGGGUCCAUCAAGGUCGACGUCCACUACUACGAGGAUGGCAACGUGCGGCUGCUCACCAACAAGACGGUCGCCGCCUCGAUCCCUUCCGGUACCGGAGGCGGCAUAGCCAAGGAAAUCUCCGCGGUGGAGAAGAAGUACCAAGAAGAACUCAACAAGGGCUUCGUCAAUUUAAGCGAGGGCGCCUUCAAGGGCCUGCGGAGACAGCUGCCGGUGACGAGACAAAAGAUUGAAUGGGACAAGGUGACGAGCUACCGGCUGGGACAGGACAUUGGGGGUGGAGGGGCCAAGCGAUAG